UUAAUUGAAGAAAUGAUAAGGCCAAGUAGGUCACCAGUACUAGUAGUACCAAAAAAGGGGUUUCAAUGAAGACGGAACUUCAAAACUCAGACUCGUAAUUGAUUAUAAAAAACUUAAUGAAGAUACAAUACCAGAUAGAUAUCCAAUGCAGGACCCUUCAGUGAUUUUGUCAAAUCUUGGGAAAGCCAAAUACUUUUCAACAAUUGACUUGUAAUCUGGAUUUCAUCAGAUUCUCAUGAAUAAACCAAACAUUCAGAAAACCUCAUUUUCAAUAAACAACGGGAAAUACGAAUUCCUAAGAAUGCCUUUCGGUUUGACCAACGCUCCAAGAAUAUUCCAACGAGCGAUGGAUGAUAUUUUAAGAGAACAAGUGGGUAAAACAUGUCACGUUUAUAUGGAUGACAUAAUUAUAUUUUCAAAAACAAUUGAACAACAUUACAAAGAUUUAAUUCUCAUUAUUAAAAUUUUGAUGAACGCAAACAUGAAAAUUUCAAUUGAAAAAUCAAAGUUCUUUAAAUUAGAAACCAAUUUUCUCGGUUACGUUGUAUCCCACAAUGUAAUAAAAACCGAUCCCGAAAAAGUUUCUACUAUCGUAAAAUAUCCGAUACCUAAAAAUAUUUGAGAGCUUAGAAGCUUCCUAGGCCUUACAGGAUAUUACAGAAAAUUUGUGCAAAAUUACGCAAAGAUAGCUAAACCUUUAACAAAAUAUUUAGAAGGCCAAAACGGCAAAGUAUCAAUAAAGGCAUCACGUAAAACUUUAGUACAGUUUGAUGAUUCAGCUGUAAGAGCUUUUAACGAGCUCAAAGAAAAAUUAAUUGCACAAGUAGAACUAGAACAACCAGACUAUAAUAAAAAAUGUACUCUAACAACGGACGCUUCAGACUUAGCAAUUGGUGCUGUUCUUUCUCAUGGAGGAAAACCAAUUACAUUUAUUUCAAAAACUCUGACAAAAACCGAACAAUUAUACGCAAACAAUAAAAAGGAACUUUUAGCCAUUGUAUGGGCUUUUAAAAAUCUUCGAAAUUACUUAUAUGGGGUUAACAACAUCGAUAUCUAUACUGAUCAUCAACCUCUUUCAUUUUCUAUUUCUCAAAAAAAACCAAAUAUUGAGAUGAAAAGGUGGUAUUCCUUUAUUGAAAGCUAUUCAUCCAAAAUUAUUUACAAGCCAGGAGCAACAAAUGUUGUUGCAGACGCUUUAUCUAGGAUUCAAAUAAAUAAUUUAACGGAAAGUAAUGAAUCGGUCUCAGAUCAAAAUACUCAGCAUUCUGCAGAGAGUAGUUUUGAAAAUAUAAUACAAGAAACCCGAAAACCCUUAAACCAGUUUAAGCAACAAUUGCUAAUAGCAACGGGGAGGUAUACAAUACAUGAGUCGAUUAAUGUAUUCGGAAAUACUACCCAUAUAAUAGAGUAAUAGAGUAUAAUAGAGUAUGACACUCCAGAAAAUUUAGUAUCAAUCUUAAGGAAAUAUAUUCCACCCAAUAUAACAAUAGGAGUUCACUGUACUCUAGAAGAUUUUUACAGAAUUCAAAAACCACUUAAGGACAAUUUUAUAAAUAAAUUUUUAUACACAAGGACAUUUGUCCAGGAUGUCGAGAACGCUGAAGAUAGUUCUCUUAUUAUUACAGAAACUCAUUGUAGAGCUCAUAGAGGGCUAGAUGAAAAUUAUAAACAAAUAACUAGACUCUAUUUUUGGCCAAAUUUAUACAAAAAGCUUAAGGAGUUUAUAAUGAAUUGCACUAUCUCCAGUUCAACUUCGACAGUCAAUACGAACGGUUGUGCUUCUCUUGUGAUCGAUCAAGGAAAAACCUUCAAGUACCCGAAGUGAAUCAACUCGGGAAUCUAUUUAUAGAUCUCUUAUCUUAUCGAAAGACAAUUUGACGCGCGACGGCUCAUUAUAUGCAUCAAUUGCCAAAUCUACCCAAAUCCAAGUAAAUCAAGGACAUAAGGAACAACAAAGCUUAAUCGAACCCUCACCAUCAACAACUCUGGAACAACCUACAACAAGCAACCAACGGAAAAUUAUCACAUACGAAGACGACGAUGAGAUGUCCACCAGCUCUAUUAGUUCGGAAAAAAAUACCAACGAUAAGUCGAACCCUAAUUGCAUAAUUUACCCUAAAAACUUAACCAAAGGGAAAAAGAUUAUUAAAAAAUGAUGGCUCAAAAAGCCCAAUACAGACCAGGUCUAAAGUUAAGAAAAUUGAAAUUAAAAAUACAACUAAACUAGCGCCUUAAAUUCUAUCUAACUUUUUACAAUGUCCUUCAAUAUACUACAAUGGAAUAUGAACGGAUACACUAACAACUAUAACGAACUCUUAAUCUUAAUAAAACAAUACAACCCAAAAAUUAUUUCUAUACAAGAAACCCAUUUAACAUUCCCAAAACAUCCCUAUCCCAGUAAACUUUGAAAUUUACCACACAUUAUCCAUCGUAGCCAAAGGCGGAGUAGCCAUACUAAUACACAAAUCAUUGCAACACACACAAAUCUCUACAAGGUCUAUUUUUGAUGCCAUUGCUCUUGAAGUUCAUUCAGCUAAAAAAUUUAUUAUAUUCGCCGCAUACAUUCCCCCAAAUCAAAAGUUCUCUCAAAGUGACUUGGAAACAAUGUUUCCAACCUUUCAGAAUACACCAUCCUUAAUCACAGGCGACUUCAACAGUUGGAAUCGCUUGUGGGGAUCACCCAAAAAUACUAGAAAAGGAAACACGCUAGGAAAAUUCAUACACAACAACAACUACAUAAUCCUAAACAAUGGCAAACCCACACAUUUCUGCACACAUGGGACAUAUACGCACGUUGACUUAACUCUCUGCUCCCCAGAUCUUAAAAUUUUCUGCACCUUCAAAAUUAGUGACACACUGCAAGGAAGUGAUCACUUCCCCAUUGUCGUACAAAUGUUCCCCUUACAGAAUAAAAAAGCAAAUAGGUACCUACCCAGAUUUAUCAUGAACCUAGCGGAUUGGGAUAAAUACGAAACACUCACGAAUAACCUAAGCACCAGUUUACCAAUAGCACCCAACACCAACCAAGAAGCUAGUAACAUAAAUAAAAUAAUUUUACAGAGUGCUUACAAAAGCAUCCCCCAAACCAAGGCCCCUAAACAGCACUACAACGUACCAUGGUGGAAUAGAAAACUAGAGUCCCUAAAAAACGAAAAAAACGUAGCUUGGAGAACAUUCAACAGAAACAUGAGCACCCAAAAUCUUGUAAACUUUAAACGAAUUAACGCACUGUACAGAAGGGAAAUUAGAACCUCAAAAAAGGAAAGUAUACAAAUUUUAACAUCCAGCAUCAGCCCAGACACUAAAUGCGAAACUAUCUGGAAUAAAAUACGCACUUUUUGUGGCUUACAUAAGGCAACUUCCAUUCAUUGUAUCAAGGACUACAGUUCAAAUCACACCCUUACUGAUCAGGGGGAUAUAGCCAAUGCAUUCUCAAAGCAUUGGUCUCUCUGCUCAGAUGAUAGGAAUUUCUCGACACUUUUUCUACAAGCUAAAAACGAUAUAGUAAACAACAGACCCCAUGACUUACCACACAGAACUGCAGAAUUCAUGGAGCAAGAUAUAAACUUCAUCGAAUUUUCUGCAGCGUUAAAUAGCCUCAAGGGAAACACACCAGGGUACGACAAAAUCAAUUACUCAAUGAUCAAGCACUCUUCAAAAUCUUUGAAAAAAAAGAAUAAUUAUUCUAUUCAACAGCAUUCUAAGAUCGCACAUAGCACAAACAUACAAAGUCAGCACAAUAAACCCAAUCCACAAGCCCGGCAAAGACAAAACUUUAAUCGAAUCCUACCGCCCUAUAUCGCUUAAUCCAUGCAUAUCUAACGUAUUAGAUAAAAUAAUCUCCAAAAGACUAUGGUGGUUUGUUACAACUAACAAAUUGCUUAAUAGUCACCAACUUGGCUUCAGGAAAGGGAAAUCGGUUACAGACUGUCUACUGUUUGUAGACGCUUUGGUCAGCCGAGCCCUCACCGAAAAACGACAUGUUUCCAUAGUUUCUUUAGAUUUUGAAAAGGCAUUCGAAAAAGUAGGACUACACACAAUAAUAGGCCAACUGAGGCCUUGGGGUUGCGGCCAAAAAACCAUAAGCUAUGUAAGCAAUUUUAUGACGAACAGAAAAAUUCGAGUACGCACGAACCAGCCACACUCAAGUAUUCAAAAUCUGCACAACGGCAUUCCACAAGGAUCCCCACUAUCGGUAAUUUUAUUCCUAAUAGCUUUCAACAGCCUGGCAGACAUAAUAGAAAAACAUAGACACAUGAAAUUCACUGCCUAUGCAGAUGACCUAAUUGACCUAAAAAGAAGCAAAUCCCUAAUAUCCAACUUAGACUCUCUGUUCUCUGAAAUAAGCAACUGGUGCUCAAUCUCUGGAGCAACAAUAUCCCUAGAUAAAUGCAACCACUUACAUAUAUGUAGGAAAACAAACUGCCAUUGUAAAGUAGAAACAAGCAUAUGUCCGAAAAAACAUCUAAAGAAAUAACCAUUUUAGGACUAACGUUAAACUCAAAGUAUAGAUGGAACUCUCACAUUAACAGAUUAAAAAAAUCACUGUCCAAGCCACUAAACAUUAUAAAAUGUCUUUCAAGCUAUAAAUACAAUAGUCAUCCUCAUACACUAGUCCAAAUAGCAAGCAGCAUAUUAAUAUCAAAAAUCGAAUUCGCCUUACCAAUCUACGGAAACGCCCCAAAGUCUACGUUAAGGCCAAUUAAAACAUACAUGAACUCAGCUCUCCGCUCAGCGUUAGGAGCAUUCCCGUCCACUCCAACCCACAAUCUCUACCUUGAAGCGAAUGUAUGCCCCCUAGAAACAAAAAUCCAGUUUAUGAAAGCCAAACUUUGGAACACAAUAGUACACUGCCAGGACACCCCCCUUUAUCCCAUAGUAAACAAAAUUAUAAACAAACAGAAUAAAAAAUAUAAAAACUCAGUACUCCAAGACUGCAUCAACAUAUGCUCCAAUCUAGAUCUAACAAUUACCCCGGUAAAAAAACGAAGUAAGUCCAACCCCCCAUGGCAGAUAAGACCUGAAGCAUUGGACACACACACACAAACAAAAAAAGAAAAGCAACUAACCCAAAAGAAAUAUUUUUAAAAGAAUUUUUAGAAACUAAACACAAAUUAAAAAACUAUAACCUUAUAUACACGAACGAAUCUCUAUCAAAUGAAAUAAUUGGCUAUGCAAUAACAACAGAAAGUUCAACCAUAAAACUAGGUGUGCUACCUGAAUACUCUUCAGUGUAUACAGCAGAAGCUACAGCAAUCCUUGACGCGAUCGAGAUAGGACUAAAAAGUAGAGGGAAUUUGCAUUUGCACUGAUUCCCUGUCAGUAGUGGAAAGCAUAAAAAAUACAAAAAACUCAACAUAUCUUAUCUCCAAAAUUCGAAAUCUUAUAAUAAACAACUUCCCUAAAAUAAAACUUCUUUGGGUACCAAGCCAUGUAGGGAUAGCUGGAAACGAAUUUGCCGAUGAAGCUGCUAAAGCAGCUACAAUCUCCCCCCUAAUAGCUUCAACAAACAUAAAUAAAUUAGAUAGGAAUAGAUAUUAUAAAUGAACACUGCUUAAUUUUGCUCCACAACUGAUUAAUAAAACAUCCACAUGGUAUCAAACAACGAAUGUCAGUCAUCUUAACAUUGCCCACUACACAAAAAACCCCCUCUUUAAUAAUAUAUCAAAAAUUUAAUAAACCAAGCUUAUACGGUUACGUCUUGGGCACACUAGACUGACCCAUACAAAAAGAUUUGUACAACCGCCAUCAAACCAAUGUAAAUUUUGCAAUUGUACGGACAUAUCAAUAAAGCAAAUAUUGAAUGAACCUUCCGCAAUAUCAGACCCAAAGCACCAAACUCCGAUCUCAUCCCUCUCCUAACUAAUCCUAGCCCUGAAAACUUACUUAUCCUUCUUACAUUUCUAAAAAAGGCCAACAUUAUAAAUAAAUUAUAAGGCUACAAAAAACAAAAUGUAAAAAUACUUUGUACUUUCAAGUUUAAGAUUAAGAAUUUUAUGUUUUCUAAUUAAGUAUUAUUUGUUAAUUGUAAUCUAAUCGUUAAGUGUUGAACCCUAUAUAAGUACUAAGAAAUAUCUGAAUAGAUAACCAGCCGAAAGCCCCAGCAGCUAUGGCUGUCAUCACUACUGUAGCUUAGUUUUUAUAAGUAAGCCUACAGUGUACAAAUAAAUAAAUAAAUAAAUUGCACUAUCUGCAAUCAAAACAAAUACAACAGGCACCCAGUUCAGAUUCCUAUCGGUCAAGCGCCAAUUCCAGACAGAGAAGGUGAGAAUUUGCAUCUUGACAUAUUUUACGCCCAAAAUCUUAUAUUCAUUACUUGUAUAGAUUCGUAUUCGAAAUACUUAGUGGUAAAAGAAAUCCCUAAUAAACUGAAUAUAGAAAAUAAAGUUUCAGAAAUUUUACAACAAUUUCCAUUAGCCAAAUCUUUGAUGAUAGAUAACGAACCAAGUUUCUCUUCAUCCCAAUUUAAAUCUUUUGCACAAAGAAAUGGGAUAUCUUUAUUCUUUGCAGAUCCUCGACAUAGUACGUCUAACGGACAAAUAGAAAGAGCACACUCUACCUUAACAGAAAUUGCUCGCUGCGUUAAAGAUGAGCUUAAUUUAAUCGAUUAUUCCGAAAUUAUAAUUAGAGCAGCACAAAAAUAUAAUUUAACAAUUCAUUCAAGAACCAAUCAUCGACCUUUUGAUAUAUUAUUUGAUAAAAUCAAACACGAUGAUAUUCCUAAAUUAUUGCACGAAGCCCAAGAGAAAAUGUUACAUUUUCACAAUAAAGAUAGACAAAAUAAGAAUUAUCACGUAGGAGAGGUAAUUUACGAAAAGAAACAUGGGGAAAGGAACAAGCUUAAUUCUAGAUAUAAAAAACAAGUAGUUAAGGAAAAUCUCCCCAAUAAAGUUAUUAUAAAUAACAGAAACCGUACGAUUCAUAAAGAUAAUAUUAAAUAACUUGUUUCAAAUUACAGAUAAUGAUUUCAAUAAUGUACUUAUUACUGCUGGUAGCAACAACCAAAUCCGAAAUUAUGGAUUACACGAACCAUGAUUUCCUUCUUUACAAGGAUACCAAAGAUG